AUGGCGUCUUCCUGCUACUGUGGACUCGUGAUGGCCAGACUGAUGUUCACUGAAGAUCAGUGCCGAGAGGAACAGAUCUUAGUGUACCAGGAGUUCUGUGAAUGCCUUUUCAGGCUUUUCAAAGAAAAUAAGGUAGAGAUCGCACAUGCAAUAACAAGGGAAUUUCCUUUUCUGAUGGGCAUCCGUGACCGUGGCUUCAUCUCUGAGCAGAAGUUUCAGGAAUUUAUAGAAGCUUGUGAAAACCUGGUCCCAGUGGAAAGAGUGAUAUAUAAUGUUCUCUGUGAACUGGAGAAGAACUUUGAUGAGAAUAUUAUAGAUAUAGUGUUUAGCAAGGUCAACCUGAAGGCCUAUCCUGAUCUGAAUGAGAUUUGCAGCAACUUUCAAGAAGAGAUUGGCAACAAAUAUUUUUCACAAAAAACUGUUGGAGACCUGAAGGAGCUGCUCCCAGUCCAAUUAAGUGAUGUGCAAGGUGACGUGUUCUGUGGAGCCCUGGAGCAUCUCAGUGACGAACAGAAGGUGGAUACAAGAGACGUGUCUUACCAUCUUACUGGAACGAUAAGAACCCAGGAAACAAGAAAUGAAUGUGUCCAAGAAUUGGAGCAAGCAGUGAACUUUGGCACCAGAAUUCCUCACAGGACUGAGCGAGGAGGACUGUUGUGGGUGCUCAGCCCUCCGCCAGCUGAGGGAGAAGAGGGAAGCCCCUGUGGUGUGAAGCGGCCGGGGGCAGCAGCAAGCGCCCCACCAGCAGAAGCUGAUGACACCUGGUUGGAAAUGUAUGAUGAUGACCAGCCCCAGCUAGCAUUGAGCAACGCAGCCACAAGUGAGCCAGAAGCAGAGUCGCCAGCCCCUGAAAAUGAGAUGUGUCCCUGUGUAAUGUGCAAUUCCACGCAUGUGCCUGCUAGCUGGAACACAGAGACUGCAUGUAGACAAGCAUGUGACGUGAUAGAUGUUGUGGAUCGUGGAACCAACUCCAUUUUGAGAAAGCUGCAGAAGAAGAAAAGAAAAAGGAAAUGUCAUUUCUUGACAAGAAUGAAGAGAAAUGUGUGGAGAAGUAUACAAACUGCAAAGCAGACCAAGAAGCGUGGAUCAAGAAAUCACAAAUAUGAAUCUCAAAUACUACCUGUGACCUGUGGCAAGAUGAAGGGGCUGUUGCAUAAGAGAAAAUUGCUGCAAGGGUCCUGGGUGCCGAGCAUAAAGACUGAGGACGGGAGGUGGUUCACCCCCAGGGCAUUUGAAAUCAGAGGAGGCUACGCCAGGUCAAAGAACUGGAAGAUGAGUGUGCGCUGUGGCGGGAAGACCCUGCAAAGGCUGAUGGAGGAAGGAAUUCUACAUAAGCCUCCGAGAAACUAUAACAGGAAAAGAAAGUGGAAAACACAGAGUUCGGAUGAUCAUCCCCCAGCUGACCCCUGCCCUGAAAACUCAGACAUAUGUGAGGUGUGCCAUGGGCCCGGAGACCUCUUCUGCUGUGACACCUGCCCAAAGUCCUUUCACAGGAGGUGCCACAUCCAGCAAAUAGACCCAAACAGGGACCCGUGGAGUUGCAUCUUCUGCCAGAUGACGGCGAUGCAGAACAGUGCCCCAGAGUGUGAACAAUGUCAUGAGGAAUCCGAGGUCCUGAAGAGGCCAAUGGAGGGUGUGGACAAGCUGAAAUGUCAGUUCCUCCUCGUGAAGGUCUUUGCCUGUUCAAAAAGCUUGGUUUUUACCCCAACCCCCUUCUAUAGUAAAGAGUCAACUCAAGACAACAGAAAGUUCAUGUGGUUGGCCAGAAUCAAGAAAAGGCUUUGCAAAAAUGUGUACUCGCAUGUGGAGACAUUUGUGCAGGACAUGCGCCUCAUCUUCCAGAACCACAGGGGAAAGGAUUUCCUCACUCUGGAGAACAACUUUGAAGACUAUUUCCAGAACAUUUUUGCCAUCAGGAAAAGCAUUACCUUCGGCAUAAUGGAACUUAAACUGGAGGCAGAAUUUGAGAAUAAUUUCAAGGCAGUGUUUGCUAUUCAAGAAACAAGCAAGGAGGGCUUGCUUGCCCGCAGAGUGUUCCAGACCCAGGCCCGUGCCUUCGCCUUCGGGGGCAAGAAAGGGCAGAAGAGGGAAGAAGAUGCCCCCGCCCAGCAAAGCCGCCCCCGCCCCACUGCCCUCCCUUGA